AUGGAUGCAGUGACGGAAGGUCUCAAGCGACAGCCUCCACGGGCUCUCCUGUAUGCAAAUGAUGUGGUGUUGAUGGCAGAAAACAAAGAGCUUGAAGAAAAGACGGCAUCGGCUCUGGCCGCUUCUCUUACAUGGCUCGCGAAAGAUGGGCUGGGAAUGAUUGGUCGCAUCACAUUCGGCUAUUUCAAAGGAACAGAACUGGAUUACGACUGUAAGAAAUGGCGUCUUGUGGCUGAUAUUCUCAAUGACCUCGCUUUUUUUGUGGACCUUCUCUCACCUGCCUUCUCUGGUUGCUUUUUCGUUUGUGCCUGUACUUCAUCGCUUCUUCGCUGUGUGGUUGGUGUUGCGGGAGGAGCUACUAGAACUGCCAUAACGCAGCAUCAAGCUCGUCGAAACAACCUCGCUGACGUUGCUUCCAAGGACGGAAGUCAGGAAACUAUGGUUAAUGUAACAGCUCUUAUUGCAUCGCUGAUCAUGCUACCUCUUGUCAGUGGGCACCACACGCUUAUCUGGUUUCUUUUUAUGGUUGGUUUUCAAACACUGACACAAGAAAAUUUCAAGUUUGUAAUUUUAUGA